AUGAAAGAAGAGUACAUUUGUCCGAUGCCGUUUGAUGUGGAUACUGCAAAUAUUGGCUUGCGGUGGUGGGCUUGCCAAGCGUUGCAGAAUUUUACGGGUGACGGCGAAGGAGUGCAGUGGGACGUGAAUGAAGAGUUCGAUAAUCGAGAUGGCCACAUGGGCAUUUCGACUAUUACUGGGGUCGAAAUUCCCCAUGAGAAAGGAAUGUACACGAGGAAGAUAUAUCGGAUUUACAACCAUCUACCACGAGCCGUAACCUUUUUCUUGUCGAAAGAUCUUCUGACAUUUACAGAAGAAUCGUGGUUGUUUGGCUACGAGCGUUUUUCUGUGUGGGUGAACAACGUUCUGGACAAGAAGAAGUUUUCUAUCUUUAUUCGCUUUGCGGUUGCACCUGAUAAUGGGUGCAAUCCAAAUUACUAUCAUUUAGAUGAGAAGGAGAGAAAAGCAGUUCCUACCCGAUUCGUCAAUAUUGGUGAUCGUCAAGUGAAGGCGAAAAGCGACGAAAUGAUUUGGACCACGAAAUCUGAGCAUUUCCAGCUGCCCGACUUCGACAAGCCGGACUGGUACCAGACUUGUCAGCCGGUGAGCAGUUUGUACCGUCUAUUCGACAUCAACGUCAAUUAUUUCGGUCUGAAAACGCUGGUGGAGCGCAUGGUGCUCAGCGCGCAGUACAAAGGAACGUUCCAGCUGAUUCGUCAAUUGGUGACGCAUUGCGACGGCUUCUAUGGAUGGACGAUGGAGCAAGUCGUGGAACGCGAGACAGAGACGCAGGGAAAGCUGCUGGAGAAGAUUCACACGCCGUUUUCGGACGAGGAACGCGAUCAUUUUAUGAACGUGCUGCAGGAAUAGGAAAGGAAGGGAGUGUGGAUCGAUUGG